GGCCGGACCGCCUCUGCCGCCGCCGCUUUGUAAAAGGCACAUUGGCAGGUAACGAACGGCGGCGGCGGCGGGUCCCGAGUCCAGCGAGAGCAGCAGCGAUUUUCUAUUUUGUGCAUACAUUAUUUUGUAUAUACUGUAUAUGAUGACUUCGGUGAGCAGUGACCGGUCCAGAGGUGCUCGGGAAAAGCCACAGAUUUCAGCGACACAGGCAACACAACUGCAGAAACAAGUGGUACAGGCAACAGCUGAACAGAUGCGUCUCGCUCAAGUGAUCUUUGAUAAAAAUGAUUCAGAGUUUGAAGCUAAAGUUAAACAGCUUAUGGAGGUGACAGGAAAGAAUCAGGAUGAAUGCAUAGUGGCUCUGCAUGACUGUAAUGGAGAUGUCAACAAAGCUAUCAAUACAUUGCUGGAAGGGAAUUCAGACACCACUUCAUGGGAGACUGUAGGAGGGAAGAAGAAGAAUUUUGGAAAAGAAAGUUCAGAAAACAAAGAGAAUAGAGAGAAGAGAAGUGAGAGAGAAGUGAGCCGUGGACGCGGAAGCAACAACCGGAAAGUAAGAGGUGGCAAUCGUGGGAGAGAGUUUAGAGGUGAAGAGAAUGGAAUUGAUUGCAAUCAAGGGGACAAGCCUUCAGACCGUGGCAAGAGAGCUCGUGGUAGAGGGUUUGGACGUGGCAGAGGGAGAGGGGCAGGAAGAUUCUCAACGCAAAGCAUGGGGACAUUUAACCCUGCGGACUAUUCAGAUUCUCCAUCUAUAGAUGGGUGUGGGACAAAACAAGUAGUUUGGGAAGCUGCUCAGAAUGGUGCAGAUGAGGGAACUGAACUGGCAUCAAAUGCUCAAAAUGUAGCUCAGAAUCUGCCAAACAAAAAUUCUUUUGGACUCAAAGGGGCCUGGAAGAAUUCUGUGGACGAGUGGACAACGGAAGACUGGACUGAAGAUCUUUCUGAAACAAAGAUCUUCACUUCCUCAUCUGUUCCAGCAGAGCAUCUCGCCACACCUGGGCAAAGUGUUGAUCUGGUAGCCUUGCUCCAGAAGCCUGUUCCUCACAGUCAAGCCUCAGAAGUCAACUCCUUUGAAACUUCCCAACAGCAGGGCUUUGGCCAAGCCCUUGUCUUCACAAAUUCUCAGCACAACAAUCAGAUGGCACAAGGGACUGGCAGCUCCACUGCUGUCAAUCCCUAUCCACCUCAGAGUCUGUCAUCCGUCCUUGGUUCAGGAUUUGGAGAGCUCACACCUUCCAAAAUGGCAAACAUCACCAGCUCCCAGAUUUUGGACCAGUUGGAAGCUCCGAGUUUGGGCCAGUUUACCACCACCCCCAGUUCACAGCAGAAUAAUACAAGUCCUCCCACAACUGCUUCUUCUUGGGACCUCAAGCCCUCAGCAUCCCAGUCCUCAGUCCUUAGUCAUUUUGACUUCAAAUCUCAGCCUGAGCCAUCCCCUGUUCUUAGCCAACUGAGCCAACGACAGCAGCAGCAGACUCAGGCAGUCACUGUUCCUCCUCCUGGGUUGGAGUCCUUUCCUUCCCAGGUGAAACUCCGAGAGUCAGCACCCAGAGACAGCAGUACCUCCACUGUGAACAAACUUCUGCAGCUUCCCAGCAUGACUGUCGAAAACAUCGCCGUGUCUGCUCACCAGCCACCGCCUAAACACAUCAAACUCCCUAAGCGGCGAAUACCUCCAGCUUCUAAGAUCCCAGCUUCUGCAGUGGAAAUGCCUGGUUCAGCAGAUGUCACAGGAUUAAAUGUCCAGUUUGGCGCCUUGGAAUUUGGAUCAGAACCUUCUCUCUCUGAAUUUGGAUCAGCUGCAAGCAGUGAAAAUAGUAGCCAGAUUCCCAUUAGCUUGUAUUCGAAAUCUUUAAGUGACUCUUUGAAUACCUCCCUAGCAGUGACCAGUGCAGUGCAAAACUCCACCCACACAACUUCAGUCAUUACCUCCUCCAGCCUGACCAGCUCAUCGCUGAGCUCCACUAGUCCCGUAACAACGUCUUCCUCCUACGACCAGAGUUCUGUGCAUGACAGGAGUGCAUACCAAAGCUCUAUGAGUCCAUCGGAGUCAGCUCCAGGAACCAUCACGAAUGGACAUGGUGGUAGUCGAAGUCAGCAGACAGUAGACACUCCUUCACCUGUUCCAGCUCCAAAGACAACAGACCCUCCCUCUGCCCUCCCAUCCGUGGGCUCCCUGCCCAGCACCACCUCCUGCACUCCGCUUCUGCCCUCUGCACCCCAGCACACUGCCGCUCUGCCCUCCUUGUCCCAGCCUGGUGACCUGUCCAGCAGCCCCCUCUCUCAGCUUAGCAGCUCUCUCUCCGGCCACCAGAGCAGCCUCUCCUCUGCGCACACAGUGCUCUCCACCAGCACGUCACAAACGCUCUGCUGCAUUACAUUAUUUAAUCAGGCCUCCUCUGAUGGAACUUUAGGGCCAUUUUCAGUCUUGAUACCUUGGAAAUACUGUGGGUUCAGUUAUAGACCACCACCGUGGGAAUAUUGUGGGAAACAUGCCGGCGUGGAGAGCGCCCCUUCCCUCCAGUCCUCAGCCACCUUCUCAACGGCAGCAACCUGUGCCUCGAGUGCCGCGUCCUCAGGGCUCAGCCUGCCGAGCAGCAUGAACACGGUCAACAGCCUCUGCCUGGGUGGUACCGCUGUGAGUGCCCCCAGCAGCAGUGCCAGGGCCACGCCCUUGGUGACCUCAGGCAAAGCGCCCCCCAGCCUGCCCCAGGGGGCGCCUCCCCUGCUGCACAGCCAGUACCUCGUGGGCCCCGGAGGACUGCUUCCUGCCUACCCGAUUUAUGGCUAUGACGAGCUCCAGAUGCUGCAGUCACGGCUGCCGAUGGAUUACUAUGGGAUUCCUUUCGCUACACCCGCAGCCCUCGCCAGUCGAGAUGGGAGCCUCGCUAAUAAUCUCUAUUCAGGUGAUGUCACAAAGUUUGGCCGAGGAGACUCUGCAUCCCCUGCACCUGCCACCACCCUGGCUCAGCCCCAGCAGAGCCAGUCCCAGGCCCACCACACAGCCCAGCAGCCCUUUCUGAACCCUGCCCUGCCACCUGGCUACAGCUACACUGGUCUCCCCUACUAUACAGGCGUACCCAGUGCCUUCCAGUAUGGGCCCACCGUGUUUGUCCCCCCGGCCUCAGCCAAGCAGCACAGUGUGAGCCUCAGCAGCCCCACCACCCCCUUCCAGCAGGCCAGUGGCUAUGGCCAGCACAGCUACAGCGCAGGUUACGAUGACGUGAGCCAGGGGGCAGCAGCGGGAGACUACACCAAGGGUGGCUAUGGUGGAUCAUCGCAGGCACAGAGCAAGUCUGCAGGUUCUGGGCCUGGCAAAGGAGUGUCGGUGUCUUCAAGCGCCCCCGGCCUCGCUGACGUGACUGGGUCCGUCUACAGCAAGACUCAGACUUACGACAGGCAGGGAUUUCACGCAGGGACCCCGCCACCGUUCAGCCUGCCCUCGGCCUUGGGCUCCCCUGGGCCCCUGGGCCCCGGUUACGCGCCCUCACCGCUUGUGCACGUCCUGCCCGCCCACCAGCAGCCUCACUCACAGCUGCUGCACCACCACCUCCCGCAGGACACUCAGAGUGGCUCCGGUCAGCGCAGCCAGCCCAGCUCCCUGCAGCCCAAGUCGCAAGCCUCCAAACCUGCCUAUGGCAACUCUCCAUAUUGGACAAACUGAACCCUGAAGAGCAGGUGGGCCGGGGCGGGGCCUACCCCGGGCAGGAGAGAGCUCACGGAGCCCGGCGCCCUUCCCCAGUUUCUGAGACGUGUAACUGUGUCAGCCGAGCCUCUGUGGGGAGCCUGCCUCCCAGACUCCCUGUUGUAUGUAAUGUAUUUAUGUAUGUAUUUGUAAAUGUGGUAGAAGGCUUGGGGGAGGGGGGAGCAGCUGCUCCUCUCCCCACUCAAGCCCCUUCCUGCUGUAGCAGAAGCAGCCCCCUUCCCCCUUUCUGCCUUCAGGCCUUCUACAGAGCCCCCUGGCAGGCAGCGUCUGAAAGGGCGGGCUGGCUUGAGGCAGUUUGGGGACUGGGGUCAGGUACCAAUGAAGAAUCACGACUCAUCUCGCUCCCUUGUAAACCAUUCGAGUUUUCGUCCCUGUGUAAUUACUUUAUCCCUUGCUUUUUGAGAAACUGGUCCUUUUGUCAUCUGUCAUGUUCCCCUCCCUCCAAACCUUGAUCUGGGAAUGGCAGAGAUAGCCCUGCCCCCCACCCACAUAGAGGUGGCACCUGUUUGUCUCCACAGAGAGCAGGGGCUCUGGCUUCUGGUCUGGUCUUGUCCCCAGACACUUGCCUUCCUCUGGCUGACCAUUUUUAAAAUAAUCUGAAUUUGCACUCAGAAAUACUCAGCCGGUCAGCUCCCCUUUGAUUUUUUUUUUUUUUUUAAAGAUAUGCUUUCAUCUCAGUGACAGCAUGUCUCCAAGCAAAGGCUCCUCUAUUCCAGUCGUCCUGAACCACGUGGGCAACUGUUUCAGAGGUUUUCUCUUUUGCCCAAACUCCACCUAAUAAAGUUCUGAGAGCAUA